GUUGUUCAGUUGAGUUCUUUCAAUAAACAUGACAACGACGACGACUGAAACAACGACAAACGAACGGACGGCCGAGCAGUUGGCCAAAGAUCUGGCCGAUCAGAAGGAACGUAAAAUCUAUGAGAAUUUUGCCACUCCCUUGGCGGGAACAUUUCGCAAUUUACCCAAAGAAUCGGUCAUUAUCAAGUGUCCAGCCUGUGGCAUUAAGGAUCAGAGUGUCGUACAGAAUGAUCUUAAAUGGUGGGCCACCGAGGUGAAUCGUCUGGUGGGCUGUCUGUUUGUGACCUUUUGUUGCUGCUGCUGUUUCAAUUACUAUAUGCCCUGCAAGCAAACGGAUCGUAGUCAUUAUUGUGGCAAUUGUGGUUGUUACUUCGGAAGAGCCCUUAAACGACGCCAGCCACUGAAAAUAAAAUCAAAGGCAUAAAAAGAAAAUAAAAUAUACAUAUAUUUGUGAGAAGGAAAAUAAAUACUCACUUGUCCUAUUGGAUAGAA